AUGGGUCGCACCAAAAAACUAACAGACCCCAGCAGCACCCCGAGAUCCUCGGGAUGGGAAAGGGAGCAAUCCAUCCGCUCCUACCUCCAUGCCGCAACCCGCACUCACUCACCGCAGCGGGAGGCAGAGACCGCAAGCCAGGAAAUUGACUCCUUCCCUUCCACGCUGGCCAGACUAUCGCCAGCACCUUCAGUGAUGUCGGAGACGCAGCUCCCGCAGGAGAGUGAGUGGAGGGCCAUACUGCCAAACCUACUAACCAAGGCCGACUUGGAGGCCCUGUCAGACCGCCUAGGCCGUGUAGUAAGGGAGGAGGUGGCCCAGUUACGUGCCGACCUGGCCAAUGUGGAGGCCUGUAUGUCGGUGGCAGAGUCUGAGACCAGGGCACUCCGCACAGACCUGGAACACACAAACUCGACUGUAACUAACCAAGAAGCAGACAUAGCCAGCCUCACCAUGUGGGUAGACGACCUGGACAACCGCGGCCGCAGAAUGAUCCUGCGCGUCCGCGGGCUGAGGGAAGGUGACCCAGCGGAACACAUACCUGACAUAUUAAAACGACUGUUCACCCAGGUACUGGGGGGCCAGCAACUACCCAGACUAGGCCUAGUCAGGGCGCACAGGGCAUUGCGACCCAUGCCGGCACCAGAAGAACAACCUAGAGAUAUCAUAUGCUGCCUAGAAAAUUACCAACUGAAGGAAGACAUUCUGCGCACGGCUCGCCGCAUGGGGACCAUACGCUUUGAGAGCCAAAACAUAUCGAUUUAUCAAGAUUUGUCCCGAAACACCCUGCAAGCCAGGAGAGCCCUACGCCAGGUAACAUCUGCCCUGCAACAGGCAGGAAUACCAUACCGCUGGGGCUACCCAUUCUCACUUUCAGCUAAGCACGGCCCAGAUCAACACGGCCCAGAUCAAGUAACCUCCCAGGUUUCCUCCGAGCCAUGGGCAUACCACCGCUCCAAGUACCAGACUGGCUGGCGAGAUCGUUUCUCCAACCACCGCCUGGGGAGAAAGUAA